AUGAUCUGGCCUAUUAUCGUUAUAGCAUUUCAGCUAUUUACCGCUGCUUCCGCAUCUCCGCUACCUACUCCUAGUGGCACUCCCAUCACUGAAACCAAUAAAAACAACAUAUGGUACCUCGCCAACUGCGUCUCUGGAUCCAUGAUCGCGUACUACGACGACCUAGUCCUCUCGCAGCAUGGCGAAGCUCCAGCUAAAGGAAACUUCUACCCUGUGUCUGGAGGAAGCGGACAACUACUAGGGGGAGCCGUAACGUGGGAAGCUCACCAGUUCUUUACCACCCCACCGGACCCAAAGCGAUUGAACGUCAGCAUCAAUGACAGGGUGUGGGCCAAAGAUCAGGCCCGGGCCGAAGCGGGACAUGGUACCGAUGGCAGUGGAAAUUGGCAGUGUUAUCAGGACACCCAGCGAAUUCUAUGGACGCUUGGUGGCGCAACGGGAAUGUCAGGGGACUUGAGCAAUGGAAAUUGUACUGCUCAGUAUUUUUGCUUGAGGCUCGGCCGUGGAUUACCGCCGCUCAAGACUUAA